AUGCCGGCCAAGCCCGGAUUACUCCUCGAGGAAAGCUCGGUCGAGGAGCUCCGAUUGGAUGGCUUCGCACCGCCGCCCAUCGUGGCUUUUUCGCCGUGGUGGUGGUGGUGUGGUGGAGGGGGGUGGCUGCUGUCAACCAGCUCUCACCGUUUCCACGCGACGACCGGGCGCGGACUUUUGGCAAUGGACGGAGAACGAACGGACGAACCCGAGGAUUGCGAAUCGAUUCGUCCCCUCCCGCUUCCUUUCGCACUAGCCUGGCGCGACCGAGCGGUGUGGACAGUGAUCGUCAUGAUUGCUUGGGGGGCCCUCCUCAUCUCACAAGCUGCUAGAUCCUGUAACCAAAGCCUUGGAAACCAACAAGACAACCCCAGUCCUGAGCCGCCUCGUCGUCCCAAUGCGGAUGACUUCAUCUCGUUCCAGCCUGCUGGGCCCUCUCAUCCUCCUCCCCCUCCGCUCAGAUACCAGAUUCCCGCCGUCACCGCCUGCAACACAGAACGGACAGGCCCAAGACCUAGGCGACGAUGGACCAAUGUCAGCGCGGCAAAGUAG